AUGAGCGAGAAACAGGAAUUAGCUCGUGCCACGGACCUUAAGCGAAUAGUUUACUUCGGUAUCGCUAUCUCCACACUCGCCAUCACUACAGCAAUUAUUGGUAUUCCUCUGCUGUGCCUUUAUCUGCAAAAUGUUCACUCAAAUGUAAAUGACGAGUUAGCAUAUUGUCGUACAAGAACCCAUGGAAUCCGGGGCGAGUAUACCAGAAUCCAAACUGAUCGAGAACAACGGCAAAAGCGGCAGGUAUCGUCAUGCUGUUCCUGUGGCAUUGGUGCAGUUGGCGCGAUUGGGCCACCUGGCCCUGAUGGCGAACCCGGCGCUGACGGCCAUCCUGGGCAUCCCGGCGCACCGGGUCCUGACGCUAAAGACGACAAGGCAGUCCCGACAGAAGCCGAUUUCUGCUACGAAUGUGAACCUUCGCCUCCUGGGCCUCCAGGUGUCACUGGGCCGAUGGGUCCGAUGGGACCCAUUGGUCCCCCUGGAGAGCCUGGUGCCAGUGGACUACAAGGAAAUCGUGGACCUCCCGGACCUCAGGGACCACCCGGUAAACAAGGCGAGCAAGGCCCGGUAGGACCACCUGGUAAUCCUGGCGCCGUUAGGACGCUCCCAUCACCUAUUGGCGUCAGCGGCCCUGAGGGACCCGAAGGUCCUCCAGGCCCUCCAGGUUCACCAGGUAACCGUGGUCAUGACGCAAUGAAUGGUCUCAUGGGACCUAUGGGUGAUAAUGGUCCGGACGCUCCGAAUGGCAAGGAUGGCGAUGAUGGUGCACCUGGAACGCCUGGAAAGGACGGUCCGAAAGGAUCGUGCGAUCAUUGCCCUGUCCCACGUACACCUCCAGGUUAUUAA